AUGAUAACAAAAUAUUUCUCCAAGAUAGUGGUCAAGUUCAAUCCAUUUGGCGCAGAAGCUAAAACUGCAAGACUAUUUCUAUGUGCGAUACCCCCAUUGCAAAGAAUGCAAGGCACAAUGAUUCAAAAUGAACUAUUGACCAAUGGUUCAACAAAGAAACCAAUAUUAAAAGUCACAUUUAAAGAUAAAACAGAGAUGGAAACCAAUCCAGGUGAAAUGACAUUCCAAGAAGUUUCUAACUAUUUCGACACCCAUUCUAGACGUCUACAAUUGAAGGAAACUAUUGAAAAGCAAUGA